AUAAAAAUAGAAAUAGUGGCUUUGUAACCUAUGACGUCCCAGAAAAAGAACGCUUGUCUACUGAAGAGGAUGACGUAAUUGGUUGGUAUGCUCCCGGGGACUCGCUGAUUGAAUAUACCGACGGGACUUCAUAUGACGGUAUAUGGAAAGUUGCCCACGAUGAUAAUCUCAAAGUCGGAGACUCUGUAGAUUUUAGCGGAGGUCUUGACCAAGGGUCAAGGACGUAUGGAAUUCAGGCGACAUUAGCACCAAGAGAUGUCAUAGUGCAAUCGACGAUAACUGUUCCAGUAGGCGGACAAACAGUCACACUUGACUUCAAGGUAACUGAUCAUUGUGGAGCCGAAGGCACCGGGUCUCUACAGGUUCAGAUCGACUACGUUGGCGAUCCCAAUACAACGCCCACUACCACGAAGGCUAAGACGUCUAAGACAAGUCCAAAGGUAAAAACUACAAUAACUGAUAAAACUACCACCGAUGUGAAAACUACAAAAGAAACUAAAAUCACUGAAACAUCUGUUGCCCCUGUUGCAACAGACAAAAGUACAGGCAAAAAUGAUAAAACAACCGCCAAACCUGACCUCUCUACAGAUCAGGACCCCUCAAAUGGCACGAUGAGUGCUAUGUCGGGUGGAUCAUCUGUAGAUGCUGUGUUGAUUGGUGGUAUUGUUGCUGGAAUUGUUGGACUGAUUAUUAUUAUCGUGGUAACAGUUGUGUGUGUGGUAAACAAGAAAGCAAAAGUGAGACCUUCAGGUAAGGACCCUGAGAAAGCUAAUAACGCUUCUAAAGACAAUGCAAAAAAUGAUACCAAAGACAAACCGAGUCCAACGGAUAAAAAAACGCAAAGUGACCCAAAGUCAACAAUGAAUGGAAAACCACACGUAAAGGAUAAAGGAUAA